CGCACGAAACAUGGGCUUAAAAGUCAAGCUGUGUUAGUCCUGGCCAGAGUGCGCCCAGCCCGGCCAUGAACACAUCUACUACAAGCAAGCCUCCCCGAGAGACAAUCGUAGCUACCUUCUGUUUAAAGCCCCAAACCCCAACGGUUUCUUGAUAAACUAACUUUUGAAAUUACAAUAAAAGAGGUUCAUGAACCAUAAGUAGAGCAAGAAACAGUAUGAAUUUGUCUACUCUUCUUCGUACCUCUCUCCCUCAUCCUCAUCUACCCCCUCUUCACUCAACUUCUUCCACCAGGGAUAAUGCUACUGAAAAUGUUGCUAUCGAGGGUCGUAAGAUUAACUUCUCGGUUAAUACGAGGCAGGGCAAAAUGGUGCCAAUUCUCAAGGAUUGUUCGAUUCGGAUUCCUUCUGGACAGUUGUGGAUGCUUCUUGGUCCCAAUGGUUGUGGUAAAUCUACCCUUUUAAAGAUCUUGGCAGGUCUUUUGACCCCCUCAAAUGGAACUUUGUUUGUUAGGAGGCCAAAGAGUUAUGUAUUCCAAAAUCCAGAUCAUCAGGUCGUGAUGCCUACAGUUGAAGCUGAUGUGGCAUUUGGCCUUGGUAGGUUAAACUUAACAAAUGCUGAAGUCAGAAUGAGGGUGUCAAAAGCUUUGGAUGCUGUUGGCAUGUCUGAAUACGUACAGAGGCCAGUUCAAACUCUUAGUGGUGGUCAGAAACAAAGGGUCGCUAUUGCUGGUGCUUUAGCUGAAGCAUGUAAAGUUUUGCUGCUGGAUGAGCUUACAACUUUUUUGGACGAAAGUGAUCAGAUUGGGGUGAUAAAAGCCGUCCAGAAUCUUUUGCAUAUAUCUGGAGAAGUCACAGCACUGUGGGUCACCCAUCGUUUGGAAGAGCUUGAGUAUGCAGAUGGUGCCGUAUACAUGGAAGAUGGGAGAGUGGUUAUGCAUGGUGAUGCAGCAAGCAUAAGUAAAUUCAUCAAAGCCAAGCAAUCUUCUUAUAUUAACCAUAUAAAUUCUUGAAUAUGUUAGAUUUAUUUUUGGCUUUUUUUUUUCUCUUUAAUUUGAUAACUUUUCUAUAAUAAGUUUGCAAUGUUGGCGAAAAGUUUACUAUGUUACAACUUACAUUCUUUUGGUAAAUCAAAUUCUUUUUACUUGCU